AUGUCAUUUUUAGGAUUUGGAAAUUCUCAACCACAACUAACUUCUGAACAAAAAAUUGCUGCUGCAGAAACUGAAUUAGAUUUGGUCACUGAUAUGUUCAACAAACUUGUUGACAAUUGUUAUAAGAAAUGCAUUUCUACAAAUUACACAGACGGCUCUUUAAAUACCAAUGAGUCUACUUGUUUAGAUAGAUGUGUGGCCAAAUAUUUCGAAACUAAUGUUAAAGUAGGAGAAAAUAUGCAAAAGAUGGGGCAAACAUUUAAUGCUGCAGGUAAAUUUUAA